AUGGCCUUCUCCCCGCGCUCGCCGUGGUCGCGCUCCAAAAAGCCCGACAUCUACUCCACCGUUGUGGUCCACGACGACGAGGACGACGCCCGCGGCGGCGGCGCCGCCCGCGCGGAGGAUGACGACGACGACGACCCCUCCGCGCUGCCCCCGCUCCUCCAGCGCCUCCCCAAGGACUUCGGCGGCGCGUCCUUCGACGACGACGACGACCCUUACUCCUCGGACCUCGACGACGCCUCGCUCUCCGCCACCGUCGUCAUCAAGCGCACGUUUAUACGCCACUCGGGUGGCCCCCCCAGCCCCCGCGAGUCCGUCUCCGGCACAUUCAUCCGCCACACCCGUGGCUCCUCCAGCCCCCACGAGUCGUUCUCCGGCACGUUCAUUCACCACACCAGCAGCGCCUCCAGUCCACGCGACUCCGCCUCCGGUGCCGGUGCUGGGUUUGGGUCCUCAUUCAUAACUCCUUCGUCCGGGCAGGCGGAGGAGGACCGGCAGCCAUCACUUCUGAUGCAGCAGCAGCAAUCAAGGCGGAAGGCAUCAAUGAGCUCUCUCCCAGAUAGCGUUACUAGGGAGGAUCCUUCAACCAAGUAUGAGCUGCUCCAUGAGCUCGGGAAAGGUUCAUAUGGUGCAGUGUACAAGGCGAGGGAUCUCAGAACCCAGGAGCUUGUAGCUGUCAAGAUCAUCUCCUUAACAGAAGGGACGCAGAAGGCGCCAUGGCUUGAUGCUGCUGGUAGCAGGCGCUACACCGAAUGUUGGCUUGAAUUAAAAAUACAAGGGAAAAGACCAAGAAGCCAGGAAAAUGAAAGAACACCAGCAAACCUGAAAAAUGGAAGAGAACAACAAACCUGUAAAACCAGAGGCGGGUGUGGGGCUUCCCUCCUUGGGGCACAUAUAGAAGAAGGAUAUGAAGAUAUACGGGGAGAAAUUGAGAUGCUACAGCAGUGCAGCCAUCCAAAUGUUGUCCGCUACUUUGGGAGUUAUCAAGGAGAAGAAUACCUUUGGAUAGUUAUGGAGUAUUGUGGUGGUGGAAGUGUUGCUGACUUGAUAGGCAUUACAGAAGAGCCUCUUGACGAACCGCAAAUAGCUUAUAUAUGUCGAGAAACAUUAAAGGGUCUUGCUUACUUGCACACAAUUUUCAAAGUUCAUAGAGAUAUUAAGGGUGGCAAUAUUCUACUGACUGAGCAAGGCGAGGUGAAGUUGGGCGAUUUUGGUGUUGCUGCCCAACUAACAAGAACCAUGUCAAAGCGCAACACGUUCAUCGGUACUCCACACUGGAUGGCACCAGAGGUCAUUCAAGAAAGUCGUUAUGAUGGGAAGGUUACAUCUCCCUCCCUCCCUCCUUCCUCCCUGUCUCAAAGCAAUAUUUCUGGUGCGGUAGAUGUUUGGGCUCUUGGUGUGUCUGCAAUAGAGAUGGCAGAGGGCAUGCCACCGAGAUCCACUGUGCAUCCAAUGAGAGUGAUCUUCAUGAUAUCUAGUGAACCUGCACCGAUGCUGGAGGAUAAGGAGAAGUGGUCUCUUCUCUUUCAUGAUUUUAUUGCCAAGUGCCUAACUAAGGAUGCAAGACUCCGGCCUCCUGCAAUUGAGAUGCUGAAGCACAAAUUUAUUGAGAAGUGCAACACUGGAGCUUCAAAAAUGUUGGCAAAGAUCAAGGAAGCAAAAAUCAUCAGAGAAACAGCUGUGCAAAACCAGCUGCCUGACUCUGACGAUGCAAUGGAUGCAACUGUUCGAAUUAAUGAAGAUUAUGGAGAAACUGUUCCGACAAACUCUCAGUCAACUCAUGAAACAAAAAAUGAUGGUUCGGGAGGUGAUUUUGGCACAAUGAUAGUCCAUCCUGAAGAUGGCGAUGAAGCGGCCGAAUCAUCUAUUUUCCCAAGAGCAGAGUUCAUACCGGGCCUUGGUAGCAUCAACUCUUUCACACAUGAUCCAAAGAGGGCUGAGCUUAUUUCAAAAUUUUGGGCGGAGAGCACAGCUGAAAGUGAUGCCAGUAAAGAGCGGGACUUAUAUGGACUUCCUGACAUCCAAGAACCCAAAACAAUGCCACGUUCAACUGGAACAGUUAAGCAUCACAAGGGUGUAGAAGGGACUGUGCUGCGCCAUGAUAUCACUGCAUCACCGGGUGUUGCUAGCACAAUGAACAAAUUAAGCAGCAGCCCAAGCCGUAAAGCAUUUUCGGUUCAGGAUAAGCUCUGGUCAAUCUAUGCGGCCGGAAACACAGUGCCUAUUCCAUUUCUUAAGGCUAUUGACAUUUCACCACUAGCUCUAGUAUCGGAUAGCGUAGCAGGCAAUGGCCCUGCUGGUUCAAGUACAACUGAUGCCUUGGAGGCAGUCAGGGAGCUUUUCAGUGGCGAUGGGCAGGCAAAGAAAGGGCGCAAAGGGCAAAAUGAGGCCCCUCUUCCUCCUGGUGUGCACGACAGAUUGACGACAAGCCCUACAUUGAUGAACCUGGCCCAGGCUCUCGCUUACCAUAAGACGUGCUACGAGGACAUGCCUCUGCAAGAUUCACAGGCGACAGAGGAGCAGCAGACGAUACAGAACCUUUGUGAUACGCUUCGGACCAUACUGAGUCAAAAUUUGACACAGUAUAGAAUGAGAACCAAUAGGUGUAAGGAGGAGGAAGAGAAACUCCGGUUGGCGCACAAGGAGACCUCCAGGAUCCUCUCCGACCUCGAGGAGGGCAGCAACGUCCAGGCGGCCAACGUCGGCUUCUGCCGGGUCAUCAAGUUGGCAAAGCAUGACGCGGGGAAGCUCGUCUUCGCCACCGUCGCGCUGCUCGUCGCCUCUCUCAGUAACCUCCUCGUUCCCAAAUACGGAGGCAAGAUAAUUGAUAUUGUGUCAAGAGAUGUUCAGCGGCCAGAGGAUAAGGCCCAAGCCCUGGCGGAUGUGAACGGCACCAUAUUGUACAUUGUGCUAAUAGUUGUAACCGGGUCAGUUUGCACAGCUCUCCGGGCAUGGCUAUUCAAUUCUGCUAGUGAGAGAGUCGUUGCUCGACUUAGACAGGACUUGUUCAGUCAUCUCGAAAUAGCAUUUUUUGACGUGACUAGAACAGGAGAGCUCUUAAGCAGGCUUUCUGAAGAUACCCAAAUUAUAAAGAAUGCCGCUACAACAAACCUUUCAGAAGCACUGCGUAAUCUGACUACCACAGCUAUUGGUCUUGGCUUUAUGUUUUCAACUUCAUGGAAGCUAACAUUGUUGGCACUUGUAAUUGUUCCAGUGAUAUCAGUUGCUGUGCGUAAAUUUGGGCGUUUUCUUCGUGAGCUUUCACAUCAGACACAAGCUGCGGCUGCUGUAGCUUCAUCCAUAGCUGAGGAAUCUUUUGGUGCCAUUCGCACAGUAAGAGCCUUUGCUCAAGAGCCUCAUGAGAUUUCACGAUAUGGCGGAAAAGUAAACGAGACACUGAAGCUUGGUCUCAAGCAAGCUAAAGUUGUUGGACUAUUUUCUGGAGGGCUUAAUGCUGCAUCAACCCUGUCGGUUGUUGUUGUAGUUAUUUAUGGAGCUAACUUAACCAUCAAUGGUUACAUGACAACUGGUUCUCUUACGUCAUUCAUCUUAUACAGCCUUACAGGACUAUACACAACUGUAAUGAAAGCAUCAGGGGCAAGCCGUAGAGUUUUUCAACUACUUGAUCGUGUUUCCUCAAUGACAAACACUGGGGAUAAAUGUCCAAAAAUCGAAAAUGAGGGGGAAGUUGAGCUGGACGAUGUCUGGUUUGCAUAUCCUUCUCGUCCUUCUCAUAUGAUUCUUAAGGGAAUCACAUUGAAGCUAGCACCAGGUUCAAAGGUUGCACUUGUUGGGCCGAGUGGUGGUGGAAAAACUACAAUAGCAAAUUUGAUUGAAAGGUUUUAUGACCCUCUAAAGGGAAGGAUCUUGCUAAAUGGAGUGCCUUUGGUAGAAAUUUCACAUCAGUAUCUCCACCAAAAGGUAAGCAUAGUUAGCCAGGAGCCUACACUCUUUAACUGCUCCAUUGAAGAGAAUAUUGCAUAUGGAUUGGAGGGCAAAGCUAGCUCUGCUGACGUUGAAAAUGCAGCCAAAAUGGCAAACGCGCAUGACUUCAUAUGCAGUUUCCCAGACCAAUACAAGACUGUCGUGGGAGAGCGAGGCAUCAGGUUAUCUGGCGGGCAGAAGCAGAGGGUCGCCAUUGCAAGAGCUUUGCUUAUGAACCCACGAGUGCUUCUCUUAGAUGAAGCUACCAGCGCUCUGGACGCCGAAAGCGAGUACCUUGUUCAGGAUGCAAUGGACUCGUUGAUGAAAGGGAGGACCGUUCUUGUGAUAGCUCAUCGGCUCUCCACCGUGAAGAGCGCCGACACGGUUGCCGUCAUCUCCGAGGGCCAGAUUGUGGAGAGAGGCACACACGACGAACUCCUCGAGCGCGACGGCAUCUACACGGCCCUGGUGAAGAGGCAGCUGCAGUUGCCCAAGUUUGAAGGGACCGCCAACGGGACAGCAGAAAUAGAACCCAGCAGUAAUGGCCAAUAG